GUUCGGGGAAAGAUCUGGAAAAGACUUCAGACGCGAUUGAGGAGAUGGACAAACAAAAAGAUGGGGCUUCGUGUAAUGGGGACAACAUUUCUCUGCCGCCAGCUGGGACUGAGUCAUGCCCUGCUUCAGCCAUCCCAGCCCUGCCACCCUCGUUCCUGAGCACCCUAGACCCAGCCCACCUGGGGCUCCCAGAGCAACUGGCCUCUGUCACUGUCCCCAUCCGCCUAGACACCCUGUCCUACCUCCUACACAGUGCCCUCCUGGGGACCUACAAUCUCCAGCAGUCCUUACCCCCUUGCUCCUGCUCUGCCCAGCCAAGCCACAUCUGGCCAGACACAGUCAGGAGGCCACCCAGGAGAUCGGGCCAGGCCCGUGGGGGCUGGGAAGUUCGACAAAGGCCUUCCCGGGACUGGGGCAGGAGCAGGGGUAGGGCACAGUCACAAAGGGGCCCUGGAAGAGCCGAAGAGCUGGAGAGGCGCAUGGCCGGGGGUGCUGGGGCUGGCCCCAGCACCCCACCAGUGACACCACCAUCCCAGGAUGGGCAGAAGGAAGCUGGAGGAUUGUCUGAAGACUGGGAGACAGACUACUAGGACCCCGAAGAGCAUCCAGUACCUGGUCACCCAGGGAUGUUCCCAGAGCCCGGUGUUCUUAAUACUUCAGAGGUACCCUGAGAAAUAUCAUUCCUACAGUCUCCCCUGUGCCCAGACUACAAGCUCUGACGGCCCCCUGCAGAUCACCUGGUAAAGCCCAAACCAGUCCUAGAAAUAAGAAAACUCCCAUGCCCAGACUCCCAGCCUCCCAGCCCCAGUUACUUACUAUUCCAGUUUAUUCUUCAACGCUCUGUUCCAACCCCAUUUCCAGACCAAACCAUCCCCCCACAAAGCCCUUCCUCUCUCCAUUCCACAGUCAGCUCAUCUUCACCAACCCUCCACUCACCUCUUGGCCUUCUGCCCAAACCUACUCUCAUCCCUAAUUUCU